GUGAAACUUAAGUCAUAAAUAAACAAGCAAUGCCAGUCAGUACGGCGUCGUUGCAUCCAUCUUCUUCUUUGAAACACAGAAGAACGCUCACUUCAAGAAAUCUUCUCUCUCGCGGGCUCUUCUGAACUUCCGAGUUUGAUCCUCUGAGUCAGUUGAAAAUUGAUGAGUUCGUUCUGAUUUCUGUUUCCGCAGUUUUUCUUUUUUGGGUUGGAAGCAUAAUGAGUGAUAGCCAGUACUCAUUUUCUCUUACCACUUUCAGUCCUUCUGGGAAGCUUGUUCAGAUUGAACAUGCGCUAACGGCAGUUGGGUCUGGCCAGACGUCUUUAGGGAUUAAAGCUGCUAAUGGAGUUGUCAUAGCAACGGAGAAGAAACUGCCAUCUAUCUUAGUUGAUGAAACAUCUGUUCAGAAAAUUCAGUUAUUGACGCCAAACAUUGGAGUUGUUUACAGUGGCAUGGGUCCAGAUUUCAGAGUUCUGGUUCGGAAAAGUAGGAAACAGGCGGAGCAAUAUCAUCAGUUGUAUAAAGAACCUAUCCCUGUUACACAACUAGUGAGGGAAGUUGCUGCUGUUAUGCAGGAGUUCACACAGUCGGGGGGUGUAAGGCCUUUUGGAGUUUCACUGCUGGUUGCCGGCUUUGAUGACAAAGGUCCACAACUAUUUCAGGUGGACCCAUCAGGUUCUUACUUUUCUUGGAAAGCUUCUGCCAUGGGGAAAAAUGUUUCUAACGCAAAAACAUUUCUUGAGAAAAGGUACACCGAGGACAUGGAACUUGAUGAUGCUGUCCACACGGCAAUAUUGACCCUGAAAGAAGGGUUUGAAGGACAAAUUUCUGGUAAAAACAUUGAGAUUGGGAUAAUUGGCGCUGACAAAAAAUUCAGAGUACUUACACCAGCUGAAAUUGAAGAUUACUUGGCCGAGGUGGAGUAGAUUGAGACCAAGAAAUUAGAAAGUUGAGCAACCAUCGGGGGGCGGGUGGUUUGUAGCCCCCCGCUUCGUUGUGCUUGCAAAACAUGCUUUCGGAUAUUCUUAGUUUCAACUACCGUGUUUAUUUUGUAAAAUGCCGUUAAACCUAAUGGUCACUCACUUCUAAUGACAAUAACUUUGCUUGUGGCU